AUGAAUAGUACAUUAAAAUUGUUAACGGCAGUCAUAAAAUAUAAAAUCGAGGAAAAAGCGAACAUGGCAGAUGAACAACAAGGUUUUGGGAAGAACCUCAACACAAUAGACGAAAUUUUUAUUAUCAGACAAAUAAUAGAGAAGUCUAUUGAAUAUGGAAAACCAGCAUACAUGUGCUUUGUAGAUUUAAAAAGUGCUUUUGACAGGGUGAAGCGAAAUGACAUCUUAAAAUUAUUACAAGCUGAUUAAAUAGACCAUCAGAUAAUAAAAACAAUUAAUGAAAUUAACAAGAACAACCAAACCAGAGUUAUAAUGCCAAGAGGAAAAACAUAAUGCAUUAAUUGCUGAUAACGAAGAUGCCUACAAAGGCAGCUUUACACCUUCAAUAUCACAGCAAACAAACUUA